AUGCUUUGUCUCAAACAGAGCGUUCUCCGGCUAGGCUCAGCAACUCCAUGUCUUAUCCACGUUUUCAAAGCGUUUAGACAUGAUACCCAAUACGACACUCGGCCGUACUCUACAGGCGCACAAGAGGACUCUGCAUCGGACAUAGCAGGCAAAUUUCUCGCUAAAUUUCAAUCCAUCGGGCCUCAAAAGCGGAAACAGGUUCUAGACGCAAACCAACUGCAGCUCCUUUCUCUAACGCUAAACAAAAACCACUUAUACCCGGGGUAUCCGCCUCUAUCUGUUCCUCCUUCUCAGGCAGCAAGCCAGUGUUUAUCUGCGCCAAUUGUAGGAACUCCAAUCCCACCUGGCUAUCAUUUGGUCUACUUUACUCCUCAGUUUCUAGAAGAACACCUUGGGCCUGAUGGGACAGAUAUAUCUUAUAACCCGGAUCCCCCUUUUACAAGGAGAAUGUGGGCUGGCGGAGAGAUGAUAUGGCCACGGAGUAAAGGUGAUGGACGGCCGAAUCUGCUUAGGGUUGGCCAAGAAGCGACCGAGACAACAAGGCUUCUGAGUGCCGAGCCAAAGAUUAUCAAGAAAACCGGAGAUGAGAUGAUUGUCGUCGGUGUGGAAAAGGUAUUUGAGAAUGAAAAUGGAGUUGCUUUAGUAGAUAAACGCAACUGGGUAUUUCGCAAAGCUCUCAAAGCUCAGCCCUUAGGGAGUGCACCCCUAAAGCCGAAGCAUUUUGCCAGUGACACAUUAGGCUCACAAGGAUCCCCUAUUCCUCCAACUUCAACGGGUAAUAUCUACAGACUCAGCCUGAAGCAGUCACCGGUGACCUUAUUCCGGUUCUCUGCGCUUACAUUUAAUCCACACAAAAUACAUUAUUCGAUGCCAUGGGCUCAAGAUGUUGAAGGGCAUAAACAUAUAGUGGUCCAUGGUCCAUUGAACUUGAUAUCUAUGCUCAGUUUUUGGAGAGAGACAAGAAAGGACGACGACAAAAAUCCAGAAUUGAUCGUUCCGGAGAGCAUCAAGUACAGAGCAACACACCCUCUAUAUGCCGAUGAGGAGUAUCAUAUCGUUCUUGAAGAUACGCUAGAGAGCUCAAAGGUCAUUAUAUAUAAUUUCGAGGGCAAGGUCAGCAUGAACGCGGAAAUUAUUGGGUAA